AUGGCAGAUAAACCUGAGCAAACUCACGUACCUGUAACAAGUGAAAAGAAGAAGGACCCUAGGAGAGUAGCUGCAGGGAAACGAUUAGCAGCAAUUAGUAAGAUAGCCAAGGAGAAGAAAAGGAAGAUAGGCGAAAGUAGUGAACCACAGACGGACAACAAUACACUCACCUACUUAGGGCUAGCCAUUACGUUCAUCACCCUAGUAAUCACAUUCAGGAUGAACCGAAGGGAAGAGGAAGCACUUGAACCUAAAUACACACCACAAAGUCUGUCAAUAGAAAAGCAGCCUCAUAGAUCCACUAUGGACAACAUCGAGUGA